AUGGCUGAACAUGUCGAUGGUGCAUCCCCCAAAGAACAGAUACUCGAAGCAUGUCGGAGAGACAAUGUCGAGCUGUUUCACGAAGUGCUCAAUGACAUGAAGGACAAAAGCAAGGAACAGAUAGCAGAUUUUUUCAACACCACCACAGACACCAUGGGAAACCAUCUGUUACACGUGUGCGCAAGUUACGGAGCUUAUGAUGUGAUGGAUGAAUUACUCAACAUUGAAUUCCUCGAAUGCGAUCCCUUGAACAGAAGAGAAGGGGAGACGCCCAUUCACUGCGCAGUCAAGUACGCCAACGAGCGGGAAGUCGAACUGGGAGAGGCAAUGGCAAAAAUGUUGAUCGAUGCUGGAGGCGAUCCUAGAGUCAAAGACAAACACGGCAGAAAACCUGCGGAGAUCUGCACUCCAAGGACAGGGGAACUUCGUAAUAUACUCAUCAAGGAGGAAUACGUUCUCAAUGAAGGUCUCAAGAACGCGGAUGUCCACCCCGACGAGGAUGAGGGAGAUGCUGGGCCACCUUCAGAUUCGGAAUGA